AUCUAUUAAAUAUUUUAAAUCAAGAUUCCCAAAUGUCAUCAGCACCUCUAUAUAUCUCCCUAAUCUCCAAAAACCCACCAUGUCGAUCUCCAUUAUUACACACAACACACACACAGAGAUAGUAAAAUAAACACCAAGCACAUAGCCAUUUCUCUCCUUCUUCAGUUUCCGCCGCCAUGGAAGCCAAGAAGUCAAACAAAAUCAGAGAGAUCGUUAAGCUUCAACAGAUCCUCAAGAAAUGGAGAAAAGUCGCCCACGCAUCAAAACAAGCCAACAACAACAAGAUCGACAGCGUCGAUGACAACAACAACAACAUCAGCAUCAACACCAAUGGAAGUGGAAGUGGAAGUGGAAGUGGAAGCGGAAGCAAGAGCAUCAAGUUUCUGAAGAGGACAUUAUCCUUCACAGACACAACAGCUGUUCCUAAAGGCUACUUAGCUGUCUCUGUGGGGAAAGAGGAGAAGAGAUACAAGAUACCAACAGACUACCUUAGCCACCAAGCUUUCCACGUGCUGUUGCGUGAAGCAGAAGAAGAGUUUGGGUUUCAACAAGCUGGUAUCUUGAGGAUCCCUUGUGAAGUUGCUGUGUUCGAGAGCAUUUUGAAGAUAAUGGAGGACAACAAGAAUGAUGCCUACCUGACCACCCAGGAGUGCAGGUUCAAUGCCACGACUGAGGAAGUGAUGAGUUAUCGUCAUCCUUCGGAUUGCCCUAGGACUCCAUCUCAUCAACCUCACAGCCCAAUGUGCAGAUAGUUUUUUUUUUGUUUUGUUUUCAUUUGCCUUGUUACUUUAAUCCAUUCUUCUUCCUCUUCCCCAUGUUCCCCCUUUUUCCCUUGGGGAUUUGGACUUUGUGUACUAUGUUAACUUCAAUGAGAAAAAGAGUGAGAGAUAGAGAGAUUUUUGAAUAAUGGAAUGUACAAACGGAUCAUUGAAACAGACCAAACAAUGAAACUCU